AUGUGCCUGGGGUUAAACUAUGCUCGAUACGCGAUAGAAUCAAAUCUUCCCGUAUGCGCCUUUCCCAUCAUCUUCACAAAGCCGCCCGACGCCCUCGCAGGCCCCCACAAUCCCAUCAUCGUCCACCAUGACGCGCAGGACAAGCUAGACUACGAGGGUGAACUCUGCGUCAUAAUUGGUCGGGACGUCAAGAACGCGACUCUCGACAACGCCCUGGACUAUGUCCUCGGGUACGCCGCAGGGAACGACGUGACCGCCCGCAACUUCCAGAUCCCCGGCGCCUCGGGCGGCCAGUACUCCUACUGCAAGUCCUUUGAUGGUUUCGCUCCUAUCGGGCCGGCCGUCUGGUCGCCGAGUGUCAUUCCGGAUCCGCAUGCGUUGCGGUUCCGCACCAGGGUCAACGGGAAGGUCGUCCAGGAGACGGAGACUUCUGAUAUGAUUUGGUCGGUGGCGCAGGUUAUCGUGCAUCUUUCGCGAGGGACGACGUUGAGGAAGGGGACUGUGAUUAUGAUGGGCACGCCUGGGGGCGUUGGGUACUCGCGCGGUGUGUUUUUGAAACAUGGGGAUGUUGUUGCAGUUGAGAUUGAUGGUCUCGGGAGGAUCCAGAACGAGAUUGUGUUUGAGGGAGCCCAUGUAGCGUAA